UCUUAAUAUAACCAGAACCAACGUGUAUUUAGUUUUAAAACAUAUGCAUGACUUAAAUGCAUAAUAUGCAUGUUUCCCCCGUAAAUAGUUUACGCAGUUGGAAUGCUUCAGCGCCUUUCUCGCUUCGUCACUUCCUUCCCAACCAAGCUUAGCUGCGUUGCCAAGGAGACACCCUUCAGCCUAGAUACCGACACAGGUUUCAGCACGCGGACAGCGACUCUGUUAGCUAUUCUAGGGACUUUUCCCACCAAACCUGACUUUAAUUACGUUGAAUUAAAACAAUAUAUACUGAAGUUCUGCGAAGUCAUGGCAAAUCCUCACCGGGCCAACGUUCUUGUAACUUCGUGUUUGAAGACGCCGGUGGACCCGCACACCAAAGCGCCUUUAGCUUCAUACGAGAGGGAGCGAGUGCUGCCCUACACGGCUACAGGUCAUAUGGACAACCGGGACUACGAGGAGCUGGAGUAUGAGGACUCAGGCUCUGAUUACUGUGACGAGGAUCGCCUAGGGAAGGACGCUCCUUUUAUGUUGACUGACUUCAGGGCAGCAGGAGACCGCUUCGAUCUGAGCGAGAUCUUCUUCUCCAACGAGGAGUACUACAGCAAGCUGGAGGAGCUGAAGAAGGCUCACCUGCGCACCAUGGCAGAGCUGGAGAGUAUGUACCGGCGGAAGCUGCAGCUCAAGUCCAUGGAACCUUUGGACAUGGCAACACUGGAGACCGGGCAAAGGUUCCUGUGGUCAAACAACAGCCCAGAAGCUUCUCGCUUUUUGAGGAAGUCCUAUUCUGCCUUUGAACUCAGGAGAAGCUCUGGACAGUUAGAUCCCUCAGAGGAAGAUGAAGCUGCCAGCAAUUAUGUGGAGAAAGGCCUGCUUUUUUCUCCCAAAGAACACAUCAAGAACAUGUGGCAGGACUUCAAACUGUCCCCUCACAAUCGCCACCUUUCUUCCUCUUCGCUGCACAGCCUGCCAACACACCAUAAGAGACAACAAAAAGGCAAAGGAAAAAAGAGGCAUGGGCAAAAAGAUGGAGAGCAUGAUCUCUGGAAGCACAGAGUGACAAUACCCAAACCUUUUCACAUGAUGCUGCGAGAGGCUGAGAGGAGAAAGCAUGGCAUUAAGACACGUUCAGAGAUUGAACAAGAGAACGCAGAACUGAGACGACAGCUGGAAGACCUGACAGAGUGCCAGAGAAAGUUCAGAGCCAGCCCUGUACCUGCUCACAUUCACCUGCCGCUUUAUGAAGAGCUUCAGGAGCGGAACGAGGAACGACGUCGAUCAACAAGAGAGCGUGAAGAACAGCCUCAUCAAACCAACCAAAAGCCGUUCAGCUUUCUGGAGAGGGAGCGGCUGAAAAAGGAGCAGAAACAGCUACAUCAAGCACAACAGUCCAACCAGGAGAAAACCAAACCCUUCAAGGCCAAACCUGUUCCAAAGUCUGUGUACGCAGCAGCAUCGGGGGAGCAGAUGAAAGAGGAGCAGCUGUAUCGGUCCAUAAAGAUACAGAUGAGAGCUCAGGAACUUCUACACAGUGCUUCAAUGCCUCCUAGCAUGCUUGCAAGACGACUCAGUGAUCGCAAAAAGACCAAAGACAGCAGCUCUGCAGGAGAUGACAAUUUCUCCCAUAAACCCGAAAUAAACAAGGAGGUACCUGACUUUGACGCCAGUUACCGACGCUUCAGAAAACAACUUGAAAAACAAAAAGAGAUAAAACCCACAACUGCAUGUGAACCCUUUGAAUUGAGAACAUCACAGAUAUCCUCGCACCGUGAACGCAUCCUGGCUGACAUAGAGAAAGAGCAGGGCAGCCCUCGGAUGCUGCGAUGGCCACACAUCAGCCCUGGGCCAGCUCGAACGCCAAACUCAAGCCUCUGUUCAUCCCUCUCUGGCAGCUUGGAGACCCUGCCCACCAAAGUCACAGACGCUACCAAGAAACGCCAUGAGGCUGUGAGAAAGGUCCUGGAGCAGAGGAAGAAGGCAGAGGAGGAGGAGGAGCGGUGGAAGGAGAGGCAGAGGCAGAGGGAGAAGAAGCUGCAGAGGGUGGUAGUGAAACGUGCCCAGGCCAAUGACCCCCACAAGGCGCUAUCACAGACUCAGCAAACCAAACUCAAAGAAUUCAGGAAACAAGAACUUCAGCGUAGGAAGGAGUACCAGCAGGAGAUAAAAGAGAUGAAGCAAAGAGUGAAAGGGAGGCCACUGCUGUUGGAGCAGGUUGCACAGAAGAAUGCAAAACAAACAGCACAGAAGCGCUACACAGACACUCUGCAUGGAUGUGAAGUAACUGAAGAGUUUAUCAGCAGCAAGGCAGGAAAAGCAGGAGACUCCUCGUCCUCCAGCGGACAAGCGAGUGACCAAGAUGAGACAGACACUGGACAUGAACCUGUUCUCUACAGAAAAGUCUUUUUGGAUGAUGAAGACCUUGAAGUAGACCCAAAGGAAGGAGGAGGUAGUGAUGAGGCUUCAUCAAAUCACCACGAUGGAGAGGACGCCAGCAGACAGCUCUCAGAUCAGGAUGAUCAGGGGGAUGAUCGACACUAUUCAGAUGACAGUUACCACUACUCAGACGAUCAUGAGAACUACUCAGACGACAGCGAGCAUGAUGUCGACACCAAACAGCAGGAAGCAGGGGAGUGAUGUCAUCAAACAUCAAGAUAAAGUGUUUUGCACCCCUGCAAAGUUCAAUCACUCUUUAUUGGGAAAACUGGGAAGAACUGUAUAAAUAAAAGCUAGGAGGAACACUAAAGCUGGAGCUUCUUAUUCCCAGAAGGAUAGAUGCUAUAUUUUGGUGUAAAUAUUGUGCA